UGAGUGAGGGUUUUGUUGAAGAGAAAUAAAAUUGGAAGGCAAAAACCCUCGUCUUCUUCAAAACCCUAAAACGUGAAAGUGUGGUAGACAACAACUGCAUAUUCUCUUUUUUCUUGCGAUGUUGGAAAUCAAAACCGCCAAGACCCGCAAGGGCAAGCGGGAGCUCGAGAAGCGCGCCCCCAAGCUCGUGGAAUCGGGGAAGAAAACGCUGAUCUUGCAUGGAACGAAGACCAGCGGCGUGCUGAACGCCGUGCUGGCGCAGAUUUAUCACCUGAAAAAGCACGACGCCGUCAAGUACAGCCGGAAGAAUGAGAACAUAAAGCCCUUCGAGGCCGGUGGCGAGACUUCUCUCGAGUUUUUUUCUCUCAAAACCGAUUGCAGCAUAUUUGUGUAUGGAUCUCACUCAAAGAAGCGGCCUGAUAACCUUGUUAUAGGGAGAACUUAUGAUCAUCACAUCUAUGAUUUAGUGGAGGUUGGCGUUGAAAAUUUUAAGCCCAUGGAGUCUUUUAGUUAUGAUAAGAAGUUGGCUCCUAAGGAAGGGUCAAAACCUUUUAUUGUUUUUAUUGGAGAAGGAUUUGAGUCUGUGGACGAGUUAAAACAUUUGAAGGAAGUUUUGCUUGAUCUUCUUCGUGGUGAGGUUGUGGAGAAUCUAAAUCUUGCCGGAGUAGACCGGGCAUAUGUAUGUGCCGCCCUUUCUCCAAAUCGGGUGCUUUUUACACACUGUGCAUUGCGGCUGAAAAAGUCUGGCACUGUUGUGCCAAGGAUGGAAUUGGUAGAAGUUGGCCCUUCCAUGGAUUUUGUUAUUCGCCGGCAUCGUCCUCCUAAUGAAAGUUUGAGGAAGGAAUCAAUGAAAACAUCAAGGGAGAAGCCGAAGAAAAAGGAGAAGAAUGUUAAAAGGGAUGAAUUAAAAGGAAAGAUCGGAAGUAUUUAUAUUCCAGAUCAGAAGGUUGGAGAAACUGCUUUACCUUACAAAGCAAAAGGAGUCAAGAGAGAGCGCCGAGAAGCCAAGCGGAAAAAUGAUAAGGAUGGAGAAAAUGCUCCAAAAAGGCAGAAGGAAGAUUCUUAAUACUUAUAAAUUACACCUGUUGUCCUUCUCUGGAUCUGAUUAUAAAGUGAACAAUUGUAGGUCAUAUUAUAUUAAUCUGCAUGUUUUUGGGUGUCAUGAAUAUUCAUGUUCCCCUGUUCGGGGGAUUUUGUCAUCAUUUUAUUCACUGUAUUUUUUUCCUUCAUAUUUUGCCUAAUUGAAAUGCUGCCCUUGAUUAUCUAGUUUGUGAAA